AUGGCAUUGCUAGGAUGUCAUGUAGUUUCCACAGACCAAAUUGAGGUCAUGCCGUUGUUGAGGAGAAAUGUAGAACGCAAUAGCUCAAGGGUCAUGCAGAUGAAUUCUAAUUCAGAUUCAUUUGGAUCAAUUAAGGUUGCGGAGUUGGAUUGGGGAAAUGAACAUCAUAUAAAAUCUGCUGCUCCACCAUUUGACUACUUUAUCGACACAGACGUGGUUUAUGCAGAGCAUCUUGUGGAACCUCUAUUACAAACAAUUAUCGCAUUAUCAGGCCCCAAAACCACAAUUAUGUUGGGUCAUGAGAUCCGUUCUACUAGCGUCCAUGAGCAAAUGCUUCAAACUUGGAAAAAUUUCUUUGACGUGAAUAUUGUCCCAAAAGCCAAGAUGGACAGUAAGUACCAACAUCCGAGUAUUCAACUCUUCAUUAUGGGGGUAAAGUACCUGCUGUUAUUGCAGAGAAGGCAGAGUGUGCCAUUAACACAGAUUCUGGAGAAAACGACUCAGGAUAUUGACCUCCAAGUUAACAAGGUUGAACCAAGCAAAACUGAUCAAGACGAGGAGGACAACCGUGGAAGUAGUUCUUUGAUCGACGAUCUCCCAUUGACAAGACUCCCCGAUGAGAAGCCUAGUGAAAGUGAGGCAAGAAGAUACGGCUCGAUGGCUGCCCGACUUCUACGUGACGUAAAGAUAAAAUUUCCAGGUAUUGUUAUGUGCUAA